AUGAAUCAGACAACAGUGAUCUAUCGGGACUCCUUAACAGAAGCCUUAAUAAAGAACAUGGUAACCGUGACUGUCUGUGUCUCCAUCAUCUACAUCAAUGGGAUGCUGGUGCACAUCUUCACCAGACACCAGAUUUUCUACACGAAUCCCCGGUACAUCCUGUACAUCCACCUGGUCAUCAACGACAUUAUCCUGUUGAUAGUGUACAUCCUGCUCCAAGCCCUGAGUUACAGCUCAUCUGGAAUCAACAUCUCAUUAUGCAUCAUUCUGAUCGUGGCGGCUGUUUUGUCCAAUCAGAACAACCCUCUGACCAUCGCUGUGAUGUCUGUAGAGUGUUACGUGGCCGUUUGCUUCCCUCUCCAUCACUCACGGAUCUGCUCUGUCAGGAAGACGUACGUCCUGAUCGCUCUGAUCUGGCUGGUCAACUCACUCUCAAUCCUUCCAGAUGUGUUUGUCACAUUGGGAACAGAAACCACAGAUUUCCUUCUUUCGAGAAAGAGGUGCCUGAGGAAAAUCGUUUUUAAGAACAUUAAUCUGGAAAUUAAGAGGCCGAUAUCUGACAUUUUAUUUUUAGUGCUUGUUUGGUUCACUGUUUUUUUUGCAUACUUCAAGGUUUUGUUUGCUGCAAAAGCAGCUAUUGCGAAUGCUAAGAAAGCUCGAAACACCAUCCUGCUUCACGGUUUUCAACUGCUGCUCUGUAUGCUCAACUUCCUGUUGAACCUGAUCUUAGAAGGACUGGCUGUCAUUUUUCCCAGAAGUAUUGCAAAUCUUUACUUCAUGCUUUCUUUUUUCAUCCACAUUUUGCCUCGACUCAUCAGUUCAGUAGUUUAUGGGAUAAGAGACAAGACGUUCAGGAAGUACCUGAAGAAGUAUCUGCUCUUCACAGAUAACUUUGUGAAGAUUCAUUCAUUUACGUGACAAUGGUUUCUAAUGAAAAUGCAAAUUUUUAUCUUUAUUUUACUUUUUUUCCUUUGGGUGCUCAGGGGAAAGAAGGAGGAACUGAACCUCCAGUAUGUCAUGACUCCCAGUCCAUAUCCUCCUGGCCUUGGUAGUUUCAGAACUGAGUGUGACUUGAAUCCAACUUGGUCAUCUGUCUGUACAAGUGUCUGCAUACUCGUUAAUCUUUAUAGCAUCUUGUUCUCUGCACACUGUAUGUGUGUAGCUUCAGUACAAAAACAAACAACAGCACCCACUCACAGAGUUUCUGCCGUUUUCACUUGAAAUAUCAGCACACAAAAGCAGCCUAUGUUCUGCUGUCUUGUCAGCUAUGUGAACCAACAAAACAA